UAUAUAAAGAGUUGGGAUGUUUGUAAUCGGUGGUUAUGUUUUCAAUCAGCUAUAGUAUGCCCACAAGACAGUGGGGUAAGUCAGUUUGGACAAGUUUUGAUUGUAUACGUUGGGCUACGAUCAGUAACCAUCUUUUCAUAUAGGUGAUUGUACUUUACUAAGAGAUUCGAUCAAAAACUGUAGUCGUUAACGACUCUGCAUUGAUUCUCAAAAUGGAUUCUAAUUUUACGAUGGAACAUCCAGUCAGAGAUACCGGUCCUAGUCGUGUGAUGGACGAUAUCGACAUUGACAGUAGUGCACUAGACAGACGAAGCAGUAACGCCUUCAUUGGAUUACGUCUACCAAGACGACCACGACGUCCCAAUAAAAACCGCAAGAAGGACAAAUAUACGAUAUCGGAUGGAGUUACUCCAGCAUCCACAGAGCCGAUGUUUACAUCGUUAACUCCCAGUGAACAGAUUCAGCAUCUACUCGGUGACAAUGAUGACGAUACUCAUUAUCCAGAUAUAUUCUGUCAGAUGGAUGUACUGUAUAAACUAGCUGAUGCUAUGCAAUGGAAGGAAACAGCCAGAUGGGUUAAAUAUGAAGAAGAUGUUGAAGAAGGGGGAUCAAGAUGGUCCAAACCUCAUGUAGCCUCUCUAUCUCUACAUUCACUGUUUGAAUUAAGAAGUAGUUUAUUAUCUGGAGCUGUCAUGUUAUCUGUUGAUGCAUACCAUAUCACUCAAGUCGCAGACCUGUUGAUGGAUAAUCUCAUCAAUGCCAAAUUAUUAGAGGAAGGCAUGCGAGACCAAGUUAAAGCAGCAUUCUUAGCACCCCAUAGCUUUCAACAUUCUAAGCGCGGAGGACGGCGUUCCUCUGUUGAUCCUGAGAGUAUGAAUUUGGGAAGACGUCUAUCCAGGGCUCUGAUUGGUCAAAUGAAUGUUAAAGGGCGAGAGUCCAGUAAAAGUAUAUCAAAAGGAAACCCAGCAAGCAGCCCAAAUAUGCUUGAAAAUGGAGAUCUUCCGGAAUCACCAUCAUCUACCAAGUUAAAUCAACAGUUUAUGAGAAAAAUCCCUGACGGAUCUGAAGCAGCUAAUAUCUGGAUUGGUGAACUGGAUGGUCUGAAGUAUCAAGUGACAGCCUUAAUACGACUAUCAGAGUCUCGAACAAUAGGUGAUCUAACCGAAGUGCCUUUACCCACACGUUAUAUUUUCUUCUUGCUCGGGCCACCUGGAAGUCAAACUAAAAAUUAUGAAAUCGGUAGAUCUAUGUCAACCAUCAUGGUAGAUGAGGUAUUUAGAGAAGUAGUAUACAAGGCCAAGACUCGACAUGAUGUAUUGGCUGGUGUGGAUGAAUUUUUAGAUCAGGUAACAGCUCUUCCACCCGGAGAAUGGGAUCCUAAAAUCAGAAUUGAACCUCCUCAAAGUGUUCCAUCACAGGGAACACGGAAGAUUAAACCAGCUGAUAUUAUUGAAGUUGAAGAAGAAGAAUCUCACUGUGACCCUACCCUCGUAAGAAGUGGAAGAAUAUUUGGUGGACUAAUCGCUGAUGUAAAAAGAAAGUUGCCGUGGUAUGGAAGUGAUUUUAAAGAUUGUCUUCACAUCCAGUGUGUAGCGUCUGUUAUAUAUUUAUAUUUGGCUACUCUCACACCUAAUGUUACAUUUGGUGGUUUACUUGGUCAAGCAACUGACCAAUACAUGGGAACAAUGGAAUGUAUCUUAACAGCAGCUAUCGUUGGUGUUUUAUUUGCAUUGUUUGCUGGCCAACCACUGAAUAUAUUGGGUAGUACAGGUCCUAUGUUGGUGUUAGAGAUGAUUUUGUAUAAUUUUUGCAAUGACCAUCAUCUGGAUUUCUUACCUUUUCGAUGUUGGAUCGGAAUUUGGACGGCUAUCAUUUUGCUAAUCAUUGUAGCCUUUGACUUAAGUGCUUUGGUUCGAUAUAUAACUCGCUUUACCGAAGAAAGUUUUGCUUGUUUGAUUGCUGUCAUCUUUAUCGCUGAAGCUUUCAAGAAGUUAGUGGGUAUUCUGACAAUUUGUCCAGUCAACACAGAUCCCGAUCAGAUCCUUAACUACCAGUGCGAAUGUCUGGCACCAAACGUUACAAACUUCAACGAAACAGAUUCCCAUGACUUAGUUAUGCCAGUGUUGAACUCCACCAUGUCGUCAAUGACCCAGUUUGUUAGUUAUACCAUAGAAGGCUUCAACAACACCUUAAAUUCGACGCUUCACAAUGACAGUUCAGUCAACUGGACAUCACUAACCAAAGAAGAAUGUACAAAGCAGAAUGGUACACUGGUUGGGCCUGGUUGCGACACACCUGUCUAUAUAGCCGAUGCCUUCUUCCUCUCCGUCUUGCUCUUCCUUGGAACCUUUGUUAUAGCCAGUGCUUUGACAAAUGCUAAAAACAGUUCCUUCUUCCCUUCAUAUGUCAGACAAACAAUGUCGGAUUUUGCUGUUCUUAUUGCCAUUCUGUGCAUGGUGGGCUUAGACGCUGCUGUUGGAAUACCUACACCAAAACUGGAAGUGCCCCUUGAAUUCAAGCCAACACGUCCAGGUAGACCUUGGUUUAUUAACCCUAUGAGCGACAAGAAUCCCUGGUAUUUAAUCCUUGCUGCUAUUGUACCUGCUCUUUUAGCUACCAUCUUGAUCUUCAUGGAUCAACAGAUUACAGCCGUCAUUGUCAACAGAAAGGAAAAUAAACUUAAGAAAGGAAGUGGAUAUCAUUUAGACAUGUUUGUUGUGGCUAUUUGUAUUGUUAUCUGUUCACUUCUGGGAUUACCGUGGUACGUGGCCGCUACUGUAUCAGCUUUAGCUCAUGUGAUGAGUUUAAAGAAAGAAUCAGAAUGUACGGCUCCUGGUGAACGACCGACUUUCCUUGGUGUCAGAGAACAAAGAGUAACAGCUUUACUGGUUGGUAUACUCAGCGGUCUUUCAGUUCUGUUUACCGGUGUCCUUAAGUUUAUUCCUAUGGCUGUAUUAUACGGUGUGUUUUUAUAUAUGGGUGUAGCUGCUCUGAAAGGCAUGCAGUUUAUUGAUCGAUUAUUGUUGGUAUUAAUGCCAGCUAAAUACCAACCUGACCACGCCUAUGUUCGUCAUGUACCUAUACGAAAAAUUCAUCUAUUUACCUUCAUUCAAGUCGUCUGUUUAGCUGUAUUAUGGGUCAUCAAAUCAUUCAAAUCAGUAUCUAUAAUUUUCCCCAUUCUGGUAUUGGGCACGUGCUUUGUGCGUAAAGCAUUGGACUAUGUCUUCCCUAGUCAAGAGUUAAAAUGGUUAGAUGAUUUGAUGCCCGAUGCCGCUAAGAAAGCGAAAGAGGACGCUUUACACGAGAACGAGGAAGAGGCAGAGAGCUUGAUGGACGGAUAUGACAAGAUGGCUGCCAUAAAAUUACAACAAGAGAAAUUAGGAGAAAAGUUUGCUCCUCAUAUGAUACGUAGGGCUUCAGUCGACACAGAAAGAGUGAAUAUUAGUGAAGAAAUGUCAAAAACAUCAAUCUGGUUAAAACUGAAACAAGAUAGCGAAGACAGUGGUAAACGAAGACGAAGCGAAAAUAAUAAUAAAGAAAAUGGCGCUUCGCCACUAAAGCCUGCGUUUUAUGUCGGCGAUUAAAUAUAUUUUAAAUGUGUAAAUAUUAAAAUCAAAUCUACCACCAUGUCAAUAUUAAACGUAUUCAAUUAUGUUUUUUUUAAAUAUUAUAAGCCUUCUGCGUUACAAGGUGGGUGGAGUGGACUACAGACUUUCUCAAAUUUUUUAAGAAAGUUUAGUUAUUUUCAUUGAGUUUGUGUUAUAUAUUCAUUGAUAAAAUGAAUCUCACGCUGAUUUAAGAACAGCUUCCCUUCCCAGCAAUCCCCUACUAUUAGUCAUACAUAUCGUGAUGCUACGUUUUAUGUAUUCGAGUGGGCAAUAUGUAACGACCUAAAGCAAUAAAUGAGCUGCUGGAGAAUAUAUAUGCAGGUCUUAUUUUAUCUUAAGGAAAGAAAUAAUCAAAAAAAGUAUGUCAGUUAUUUCAUUUGUAUAUAGUAAAUAUUAUUAUUAUUAUUAUUAUUUCAUAAUAUUUUUGAGUCACAUUCCUGUUGUCAUAACAAUUGUUUUAAUCUAUGAUGUAUAUUGGUGCUUUUCAAAUUCAUGUGUAUUGGUUUGAUGGAGAACUAAAAUGCGAAAGGCUAUUUUGCAUAGUUUUGCUUUUUAAACGUAUUCGUAGACAUUGGUCGUGAUGCACUAUAUGGACAAUAUUCAAUAAAAAUUGUAUCCAUUAUGUAUCUCAUAAUAUUUGCAGUUCAUUAAAAGGUAGAAGUAAAAUUAUUCUAUGCAUUAUAGAAAAUUUGACAUAACAACGCACUGAUUAAUAUUUCUGCAUGUGAGCAUUGCGUCGAACUAAUUAUACCGUGCGUCACGGUAUAUUUGGCAAAACAGUGUUUGUAAUUGUGUUUAGAAGACAUGACUUUGAAUCUGUUCAACACACGACAAUGUGUUGUGCAUCACGCGGGAUAUUAGUUUGCAUCCUAACCAUUCCAUUAUUAUUUUAUUGUACAAAAUACUAGCAUCUAUGUAUGUAAUAUUUAUGUGAAAUAAACAUUGUACUUAUAUGCACAUUAUAAACGAAACAAUAAAAAAUAACAUAUCUGUAGAAUAACUGUAAUAUAUAAGGGUGAUUUCAACAUAAUCAAAAUCGUUUCAUCUAGUCAAACAUAUUUAGGAUCAUUAUGGAUAACGUGCGUAGAAAAAAGUAGAAUCAGGUUGUGUGUGAAUGGAUACGUUUGGUUCAAAACGUUUUCCAGAAUGGAGAGCCAGAAUACAAGUAAUAUUUAGAGUGCACGGCCAUGCGCUAAUCAAAAGGAAAGUUUACCCAAAAGAAAAACACACACAAAAACAAAACCAACAACAAUGGCAUGCUGCACGCCAUGUGGUCAAUGGUGAGAUUAAAAGAUUGAGCCGUUCUAAUUAAAAUGUUUUAUUUGGAAAGUUGUAUCCGUGUACAAUGUACAUAAGUUCUUAUUUGUUUAAACAAUUUGAAGAAAUGAAACUGCCAAUAUUUCGACCCGUAACCCUGAUAAAAAUUCUCCAAAAUUAAAAAGGAUUGGUAAUCGACAAAGCUAUGGGUCGAUGGCGUUCCUUUGUUCAAGUUAAGACAAAUAUACAAAUUUAAAUUAUAAGUUUUCACAAAACAGUUUGUUCUGCCAUGUUAAUAAUUUGUAAAUUAGAGUUGUUUCCCUUAAUAACCCAUGGGCUGGCGUAAAAUCACACAUGUUAUUAAUUCAAUGAAUUCUGAUCAUUCAUAAUUGUAUUUAUUAAGUUGAAAUGAAAAAAAAACCUGAAAUGUGCUUGUACCACAUUAUGCAACUGUAUAUUUGAAUUGGGCUCGGUGUCAUCAUUAUAUUAUGUUUUAU